AUGGGAAAACAUGGUGAUGGGACUUCGAUCCAACGCACAUCAUCUGAAAGCGAAUUCAAAUGCCAGUGUCAAGAGUUCAACAACGAGUUUGUCAAAAUGGCAAACGCGGCUGGAUUAGAACUAUCGGUUAUUACGCUUAAAAUUGAAAUACACAAUGUUCCGUUUUACAACACUUAUAAAGACUCAGAGGUUGAAUACUCCAUUAGGCGCGCAUGGGACACAGAGAUAUGGCGGCGAGGAUUUUGA